AUGGAUUUUCCAAAUAUUACGAGGGUAUUUUGCAGCCAGUUAAGCCGACUCGUGCUCUUUUCCCCACGAGGGCCUGGUGUGCAAUGGCUGCAAACAGCAGCCUCCUCGGUAGUGCUCCAGACAGGUAUGCCUGGUGCCUUUGGAAAGCCCCAGGGCACGGCGGCCGGGGUCCACACUAGCCAAGUCAUAAUGUCCAUCCGCACCAACCUGCAGAACAAGGAGCAUGUGAUUGAGGCACUGCACAGGGCCAAGUUCAAGUUCCCUGGCCUCCAGAAGAUCCACAUGUCUAAGAAGUGGGGAUUCACUAAGUUCAACACAGAUGAAUCUGAAAACAUGGUGGCAGAAAAGAGGCUUAUCCUGAAUGGCUGUGGAACCAAAUUCAUCCCUAAUCUCCGCCCCCUGGACAAAUGGCAGGCCCUGCACUCAUGA